GUCAAGGCAAGGUUUGACAUCAUUUGUCUCUAAUAUCUUCUUCUUGAAACCGAAUUGGAAACGUCCACGUGUCUUCUCAAUCCACUGCGACCACUUGCGUUCGCAGAUUGCACCUAAAUUGGGAAUCCCUUCUCGCCCUCGUCGCCAUCCAGCUACGAUCGUCCUCGGCGGCUUGCGAGAUCCCGUCUUUCUGGAUCUCGCAGCUCUCUGUUGGGCCGGAGAGAUGGAUUUUAUCGGAGGUUUCAGAUCAUUGAGCUGGCAGCAGGAGUCGUACCCCGUGUACGAGGACUUCCUGGCGCUGCCCUUAUUUGCGCUAUUCUUUUUCACCAUCAGAUUCUUCCUCGAUAGGUUUGUCUUCGAGACAUUAGCUGUGCGGCUUAUACCUAAAACAAUGAAUGAUGAAAAAGAAAGAAGAAGAAAAGUCAAGAAGUGUAAGGAGUCAGCAUGGAAGUUUCUUUACUUCUGUUCAGGAGAGCUUUUGUCCGUCUAUGUCACAUACAAUGAACCAUGGUUCACAAAUACCAAAUAUUUUUGGGUAGGACCAGGAGAUCAGGUCUGGCCCGAUCAAAAACUAAAGUUAAAACUUAAGGUCGUGUACAUGUAUGCUGCUGGUUUCUACACAUAUUCUAUUUUUGCUCUCAUAUUUUGGGAAACAAGGAGAUCUGACUUUGGUGUUUCAAUGUCUCAUCAUGUAGCAAGUGUAGUUCUGAUUGUGCUCUCUUAUAUAUUCAGAUUUGCUCGGGUUGGUUCAAUUGUUUUGGCCAUACAUGAUGCAAGUGAUGUGUUUUUGGAGGUGGGGAAGAUGUCCAAGUAUAGUGGAACAGAAUGGCUUGCUACCAUUUCAUUUCUUAUGUUUGUUGCAUCAUGGGUCAUACUUCGUCUUACGUACUUUCCAUUCUGGAUCCUCCGAAGCACAAGUUACGAAGUCCUCCUGACCUUGGACAAGGCGAAGCACAAAUUUGAAGGACCCAUAUAUUAUUAUGUAUUCAACACUCUUCUCUUCUCGCUGCUUGUUCUUAACAUAUACUGGUGGGUUUUGAUGUAUCGAAUGCUUGUGAAACAAAUCCAGGCCAGAGGCCGAGUUGGUGACGAUGUCCGAUCAGAUUCAGAAAGUGAAGAGGAACAUGAAGAUUGAUUGGGAAUAUCUUCGGGUUAGUGUUGAUGUGAUUCGGCAGCAUUCUUUUUGCGCAUCGAUGACUACUUUGUGCUAUUGUGCUAGUGAUUAUUCAUAAAGGCGGCUUGCGAUUCGCAAAUUCUCAAGAAAGAUCAGCCAUUUUUAUUUUUAGGUUGACCUGGCAUUAAGCUUCUCUAGACGGAAAAGAACAUCUUCAUCUCAUGGUGAGUGGUUGCCGUUGGAGAUUCAAUUAUCUCCAUUAGAAGGAAUUCGAUGUUGAUUGUAUGCAAAAUCGAAUUAAAAUUGCUUCAGGUUAAUUCAAAUUACCUAAGUAGUAUUGUAGCGGUUUGUAAUCAUAAUUAAAUACAACUCAUAAUUGUCACAAUAUUAUUUAAAUGAUUUUGAUUAAGUCGGAGUAAUUUUAAUUUAGUUU